CUUGCAAGUCCAAGUCACCGCAUCGACCGUCUCUGCGCUCCAUGUCCCAACUGCAAUCGGCAAUUCAAUGUUGUGAACGGUCCAUCCGAUGAAAUCUGUCGGCGACUGCAUCUUGCUCAUUCUUGCAUUUGUCAUCCAAGUGACAUCACCAUCCGCACUAGCACGGUCCGCCCCACGGCAUUCCUAUCUAUUACACCUCCAUCGAUACUGGUAUGACCAUCACCCAGCGCGUCCAGAGUCAGUACUUUCAGAAAGACCAAGAGCUCAUUCGACUGGCACCCAACCAGGACCAAGCCCGUUCACUACCUACCAAGCGCGCUGGUACGCCCUGGACUCUCGAAGAGCACGAGCUGUUCUUGGAAGCACUCGAAUGUUACCCGUCGGGUCCGUGGAAAACUAUCGCUGCACAUAUUGGAACUCGAACCACGCGCCAGACCAUGACGCAUGCUCAAAAAUACCGUGAGAAGAUCGCGCGGAGGCGGAAAGCGGAGGCCGCGGCCAGCCCCACAAAAAAGUCCGAGAGUGAAGUCCUUGUCACAAGCGACCAUCCGCGCCCCGCGUAUGGAACGAAGCAAGUGCACAACCCGUCCGCCGCAGCGCCGUCACAUAUGCCCGGCGUCAACCAGGCCAUAAAGCACGAGGGUGAAUACAUCGACAGCCACGGUCAGUUUGUUUCGCAAGAAGGCGAGCUGGAACUGGAUGACAGCGUCAUCGCACUUUUGGAGACAUUUGAGCCACUCGAAAUGAUGUCCGUUCUGGAGCCGUGAGCCCCACACCAUGUCUGUGUUGUCCAAGAGGCCUGCAAAAGCGACCCUGGUGAGUCAAGUAUUGAUAGUCCGUUCCAGCAAAUACAUACAACGUAGGCACGUACAAAUGAGAAGCGUCCUCGUAAAAAUGAAGAAUAACCAGGAGUUUUUACUUCCUUGUUUUUGUGAUCUCUCC